ACUCGAAUCUAAAAUAUAAAAUGGAGUUUGGGAAGACGCGAACUCCUCUGUUGAAUGCUAAGGCUGGUGUGGCUCGAACUCCGGGCCGCAAACUCACAGUCAGGGAGCAGAGAACAGUAGCUAAACUGUAUACUGGAGACAACCUGGAGUACCCUUCAGCACUCCAGAUGUAUGAGAGGCCACCAACUGGAGACGUAUCCCUGCAAGAGUUUGAAGAUUUAGCUGUCGAAAGGUUAAAAGUUUUAAGGAUUAUUGAGAAGCAUAAUAUGGGCGGAACUAUAAAGUUUAGCAAUGAAUGGACGGAGAAAAUAAAGGAGGAGUUGGAUAAGCUGAAUCUAAGUGGAUACUAUGAUCUAGCAAACACUAUUGGUCUUCAGCAGAAGAUUAAACAUAUUGAGAACAGAAGAACUGAUCAUGUCUCCCACUUCAUUCUUAGACUAGCGUACUGCAGGUCGGACGAGCUCCGCAGAUGGUUUGUUACUCAUGAAACAGAUUUGUUUAGAUUCAGAUGGAAAAUGUUGUUCAAGGAGAAUGGAGGUCUAUUGAAUGAGUUUAUGACUGCUGGAAACCUCCAAUAUGAACCUAUAUCUGCUGAGGAGAAAGCUGAACUAGGAGAAGAUCUGCUCAAGGGAACAGGACGCGGGGUUUCAGGGCAUAAAAUAGCAUACGAGGAUUUCUUCAAGGUACCUUGGUUGGAAGCUGUGGAUCUGGUUCGUGCUCGACGUGUCCUAGUUCGAAGUGGGUUCGCCUAUAUCCCAAAGGAUGAACUCAUGUCCCUGGUGGUUGGUGUAUUCAGGUCUAAGCUGAAUCACAACCUGGUUCUAACCUGCCGUGCUCUCCCUGUCCUGGAGGAGGACAAGCGUCUAGUAGGACUACUCAACAACCUAGAUAAACGGUAUACCGGAGAAGAUUUCGGAUCUAACAAGACCGGAGAGCGAAUACUUCCUCACAUGGUGGCGGGACUUAGUGAUACACAUUUCCCCGCCUGUAUGCAGUCCUUACAGCACAGUCUUACCACCACACACCAUCUCAAGUACAAGAGCAGGCUCCAGUACGGAUUGUUCCUCAAGGGAAUCGGUAUGAGCUUGGAGGACGCGAUCAAGUUCUGGCGCGGGGAAUUUAUCAAACAGGGCUCCGUGGACGUGGAUAAGUUUGAGAAGGAAUACGCCUACGGUAUCCGGUACAACUACGGAAAGGAGGGGAAGAAGAAGAACUGGCAGCCCUGGGAUUGUAUGCGUAUUAUUAUGGAGAAUGUCGGAGCUGGAGAGAACCAUGGUUGUCCUUUCCGUCAUCACGAGGGGAAAAUAUUGCGUAAGGAGUUGGAGUCCGGGAAGCUUAAGGACGCGGAUGUUGACGCGAUUAUGCGUAAAGUCGGCGAAGGACACUUCCAGGUAGCGUGCGGUAUGCAUUUUUCUGCCCUUCACGCGCGCGAUUUAAGCACCGGGAUCGCAAACCAUCCAAAUCAAUGGUAUCUGGAGUCGAGAAAUAUGUUGCAAAAUCUUGGUGGUGCAAACAAAAGCAACAUUAAGACUACGCACGUCACCAUGUACGCAAGCCAGAGUAGUCAACCGUCUUCUGCCGAGAGUAAGAUGGACGAUUCGUCAUAUCUGGAUUCCUUGGACGAUACCGAACUCCUAGCAGUGCUAGACUCUUGAAAGUGUUCGUCUGGACUCUAUGUAUGUAUUAAAGAGACUGUGGACGUAAUUUAAGUUAAUCUUCGAGGAAUGUGAUAUCAUAAUUUUCCGAACUGAUAAUUUCCGAACUCAAGCUCCAGUUUGAGAACUAAGGAUAUCGUUGUCCAGCUUGAUCUAAGUUUUUCAAGAUAUCGUUGUAAAACGGACAUGCUACUCGACAAAAGAAGGUUUACUUGUAAACAUGUUUACAGUCCCUUUAAACAUAAUUUGUAAGUUUAUAUUUCUAAUCAUAGUCUUAUUCACAGAAGACAUAUUCAAAUAUACAAUACGCUUAUCAAUAUUCCAUGUAUUGUUAGAAAUAAUAAUGAUAUUCUAUAUAAUUUUUGUGUGUUUAUUAGUUCAUAGAUAAUAUUCACUACAAAUACACUGAUCAGUGAACAAAAAUGAAUAUUCAAUAAAUAAAUAUCUGGGUUUU